AUGACAGGGAACCAUGUGAUUGGUGACAGCGCAAUGAUCCUGGCACAAAUGAGACGACGGCGGCCUCCGAGGGCUCCGCAUCUACGCAAUAUCUAUGCUCAAUGCAGGGACAUAGCAGAUCGAGUACAUGUCCGCACGUGGAACCACCACUUAAGGGCAUUCAACAAGGCUGCGGAUAGAUUGGCGAAUAUCACCAUGGAUGAUCGCAGGAGCCGGCACGUUUUUCAUUCAGACCGACCAAAACAGGUUUCCCCUUGGGCGGAUAUAUCUCGUCUUUUGGACGGCGACAUAACCCAUUGGAGGGAUGCAUAUUUUCAUGUAGGGGCGCAAGAGCCUGAGGCAGACGCUGGGUAA